AUGGGGAAGACACGGACUAAAUCACGAAGUAACAGCAAAGAUGUCUUGCGCAGCACCAAAACACCGCUGGUCAAGUCAUCAGUAAACUCGAAGUCGCAAAAGUCGACUGAAGAUCUACUACAAGAAGCCGCUACACAUCUGGACCACUCACAGCCAGAACAGGCCCUUGCCCUUGUGCAAGAAGCCCUGAAACGACUAGAGAGCGACGCAGCAGCCUAUCGCGAUGUCGACGUUCUUCUACAAAAUGCGGCACAAGAGAAAGCAACUUUUCCUAGCGCUCUUGUUCUGGGCGGCGACAUUAGCCUAGCCAUGGGAGAUGUCGACGAAGCACGAGCACAGUACGAGAUGGCAGUGAAAAUAGAUCCCAAUGGAGCCUUGGUGUCGGCUGAACCAUACCUACAACUAGCCCAAAUCUGCGAAGAAGGCGGUCAGAAGAGCAUAUAUUACUUUGACAAAGCUAUUGAGGUCAUGAGGAACGAGAUCGAGGUUUUGGAUGAGCAGAUGGAAAUUGAAGGGACGAAAGAGAUUGUGGAUGGACGGCGUGCUAGAGUCGCUGAUGCGCUUUGUGGCAUGGCUGAGGUGUACAUGACUGAUCUGAGUUGGGAACCCGACGCUGAGCAGCGUUGUGAACAGUUGGUUACAGAAGCUGUAGCACUGUGUCCGGACAUGCUCAGCGCAGGGGUUUUGCAGACUCUUGCGAGCGUACGCAUCAGUCAAAAAAGAGUUGAUGAAGCCAAGAGAGCGUUAGCUCGAAGUGUGAGCCUGUGGAAGGACGUUCCAGAGGGCAUCGAUGACCCGGCAAGGCCGGACUUCGCUACGCGGGUCGCUCUAGCACGGCUCUUGAUGGAGGUUGAGCAAGAAGAAGACGCCUUGACGGUUGUACAGGGGCUUGUGAAAGAGGACGACCAAAGUGUUGAGGCUCUUUACCUUGGAGGUUGGUGUCAUGUGCUGUUGAGUCAAAAGGCUGAUAAUUCUGCCGAAACAAGAUCUGUUCAAAGUGAACAAGCUCGAGAACAGCUCGGCAAUUGCUUGAAACUGUACCGAAAAAUUGCUUACGAAGACGAGCCUCUUCGACAGCAUGCUGAAGAACUAGUCCAGCAAUUGAACAAAGACCUAAACUUAGACGAAGAGGCGGACGGAUGGGAAACGGAAGAAGAGCAGGAUGACCAGGACGACAACGCAGAUAUCGAGGCUGAUGAUGUUGACCAUGCACGCGAUCAAGAAAAGGACGUUGAGAUGACACCAGACCGGCUGCAAGAUUAA